AUGCCUUCUCCCCACCGGUAUCUACUGACCAUCCAUAGUGGGGGACUGGAAUUGCUGUUUGGUAAUGAGCGCAAGCACAAGGUGGUUCUGCCUGCUCAGCUAGAGGAUGGAAGCCCGCCAAACAUCUCAUACUUGCUUGGAUACCUUGUCGACAACCUCAUGCAGGACCAACGGAAAGACAUGUUUAUCAUGGAAGAUAGCGUACGACCGGGUGUGCUGGUUCUAAUCAACGAUGCCGAUUGGGAAUUGGAAGGUGAAGACGCAUAUGAACUUCAAGCAGGGGAUACUAUUGUCUUUGUGUCCACUCUGCACGGUGGUUAA